CAGAUCACAAGGGAGAGAAGUCCAUGCCCCAGCGGGCACACGUCGGCAUCACUCGCCCCCUCCUCCCAUCUCUUGCCCGCGUAGCUUCCCGCAGUUUGACCACCUCCAAGCAGCCACCAAGCAGAACUGCACAAGAGAGGAGAGAGGCCGGCACAAGCGAAGCCGCCAUACACAAACUGGAUCAUAGACAGGCGGCCAGCGGAGGGGGUCAACAGGCAGAGCGAGCGGCGAAGGGGCGAGGGCGAUGGACAUGAAGCGGGCGCGGAGCCCCCGGGCUCCGGCCGACGGCGGCGACGACGACAAGAGGCGGGCUGCCAGCGCCAAGUGGGGCGGCGCCGUCCGGCCCAAGAUGGUGCUGGUCGGGUUCCUCGUCACCCUGGCCCUCCUCGCCUUCACCUUCGGCGGCCGCCCGGUCGCCCUCCCCUCCGCCCCCUCCUCGCCGUCCUCCGUCCCCAAGGCCGGCGGCCGCCACGUCGUCGCCGGCGCCGGCGGCAAAAGCGCAACGCCCAAAAAGAACGUAAUCCCUCCGAAGAACGUAACCGCGCCAGCAGCCACAACUCCGUCGCCGUCGCAGGACAAGCUCCUGGGAGGGCUACUCUCGGCGGCGUUCGACGAGUCCACCUGCCAGAGCCGAUACAAGUCGUCCCUGUACCGUAAGCCGUCGCCGUUCCCGCUCUCCCCGUACCUGGUGAAGAAGCUGCGCAAGUACGAGGCGUACCACAAGAAGUGCGGCCCGGGCACGCAGCGGUACCGGACGGCCGUCGAGCAGCUCCAGGCCGGGCGCAACGCCGACAGCGCCGAGUGCAGGUACGUGGUGUGGUUCCCCUGCAACGGCCUCGGCAACCGCAUGCUCACCAUCGCCUCCACCUUCCUCUACGCGCUGCUCUCCGGCCGGGUCAUGCUCCUCAACGUGCCGCCGGAGCAGGAGGGCCUCUUCUGCGACCCCUUCCCGGCCACCUCCUGGGUGCUCCCCGGCGGCUUCCCCGAGGGCAACCCCAUGAAGCUCAACGUCGGCGCGCCCGAGAGCUACGUCAACAUGCUCAACAACGGCGUCAUCCGGCACGACACGCCGGCGGCGUCGCUGCCGGCGCACGUGUACCUCCACGUCGAGCAGACCCGGCUGCGGCUGUCGGACAACAUCUUCUGCGACGACGACCAGCGGCUGCUCCGCAAGUUCACCUGGAUGAUCCUCAAGUCCGACAGCUACUUCGCGCCGGCGCUCUUCCUCACGCCCAUGUACGAGAAGGAGCUGGCGCGGAUGUUCCCGCAGAGGGAGGCCGUGUUCCACCACCUCGGCCGCUACCUCUUCCACCCGACCGACCGGGUGUGGGGGAUCGUGCGGCGCUACUACGAGGCCUACCUCGCCCGCGUGGACGAGAAGAUCGGCUUCCAGAUCAGGAUCUUCCCGGAGAAGCCGGUCAAGUUUGAGAACAUGUACGACCAGCUCACCAGGUGUAUCAGGGAGCAGCGCCUGCUGCCGGAGCUCGGCGACCCGGCGUCCCCGGCGAACGCGACCGGCGACGACGGGAAGGUGAAGGCCGUGCUGAUCGCGUCGCUCUACUCGGGCUACUACGACAAGAUCCGGGGCCUCUACUACGAGAGCCCCACCAAGACGGGGGAGAUCGUGGCGGUGUACCAGCCGAGCCACGAGGAGAAGCAGGAGUACGCGUCCAACGAGCACAACCAGAAGGCGCUGGCCGAGAUCUACCUCCUCAGCUACUGCGACAAGAUCGCCAUGAGCGCCUGGUCCACCUUCGGCUACGUCGCCUACGGCUUCGCCGGCGUCAAGCCGUGGAUCCUGCUCCGCCCCGACUGGAACAAGGAGGUGUCCGACGUCGCGUGCGUCCGCUCCACGUCCGUCGAGCCGUGCCUGCACUCGCCGCCGAUCCUCGGGUGCCGGGCCAAGAAGGAGGUGGACGUGGCCCGCGUCAAGCCCUACGUCCGGCACUGCGAGGACGUCGGCUUCGGCCUCAAGCUCUUCGAUAGCUAAACAUGACAUGGAGCUAGGAGCGUGUUCUGUUCAGUUUCUACGUUCGGACAACAGCAUAAGUGAAGGUUUUUCAAUUCUUCUUCUCCUCCCUGUGGAUUAAUUAGGUGCCCUCUUGCAUUCGUUUCGUACUGUAUUUAAAUUCGUUCUUUGUACAACAUGUCGCGUAAGUACGUACACGCGUAUACACAUUACACUGAUCACUAUUUGACCUCCGGCUA